UUCGCCUAUAUUGGUUGCGCAGCCAAUAUAGAUUAGAGGGAAAAACGAAUUCAGAAGCUAUACGCAGAUUUAAAACAUUCCUUUUUAUUCACAUUGUCUAAAUAUUUAGAUUUCUUUCAAAUGGAAAUGUAAAACUGGAAACUAUACUGGCAUAAAACGAAGUUAAGUAAAGAGAGAGGUGGGGUGACAAUUACAAUACAUUAUAAAAUUGAUUAAGCAUGUAUUUCUAAUAGGAAUCGAAGACAGUGUAAUGGGUAUUUUUGUUCUAUUAGAAUAAAAUAAAAGUGAAAAAUACAAUGUUGUUCAAAUGUGAUUAAUCAACUUUAAAUAUACUCGAAGUCUGUAUAAAACCAGACUGGCAAAAUAUCAACAAUAAGCUAUACUUCCUCCUUCAAUAUCUCGAAGUAUUGAGGUUCGAUAGUUAUUGCGUUAUUUUUUAUUUUUGGAUAACACAUAUAUAAGGGAGAACAAAGGCAGAAAGGAUAAGAAUGGAAAAUAUAUCAAAGGUUCAUUCUUACGACGAAGAGGCCAUAUCAUUUUAUAAUAUAGACAAGCACGUUUCUCAGAUAAACUUCAGUGAAAUGGAAAGUGUUGAAGAUGUGCUGGACUACAUUAAAAAACCAAUCGCUGCUGAUGACGAACACAGGAACAUCUAUCUUGCAAGAUCUAUACUUAGACUUAUGUAUGUCGUGCAGAUUAUAGAUGAUGUACCAGUAAUGUUUUCCUUUGAAUUGUUGUUUCCAUCAUUUACGACUGGUUUCGAUAGAAUGUGCAGUCGUUUAGAUAUUCCAUGCCGGAUCAUACGAGGGAAGAGCAAAGAUUUCACAUAUCGUCACAAUACAGUCCGAGCCGAAUGGUGUGCUUUUAUGUCCGCUGGUGUUUGGUUCUUGCUUCAUCCUGAUUUUAUGCUGUCUGUCACUACUUGUUGCCGCGAAACAGAAGGUAGGAUCAUACUCGAAAGAGACGGCAAAACGGUUUUAGAGCAACAACAGCAAACAGGAGGUCAAACAUAUGUUGACUGGGAUGAGUUUUGGUUUUGUACGAAACCAAACAUAUUCGCCACUUACCAUUAUCCAGACGACCAAGAAUGGCUUCUUCUGGAGAAUUUAAAAACUUCUGAAGAUAUCAAGUCAAUGACGUUUGCACAUGAAGAAUAUCAUAAUUUAGGGCUUCAAUUUCUCACCGAACGCGCUUCAAAAGUCUAUGCUAAAGACGGGCGGUGUACGAUAUCUUUAAAGGUAGAUUCGACAGUUUUACGAAAUAAACGUUUCCCGUAUGUAUUAUCUCUUAUAGAAGGCACUGGUGAUAUAUCUGGAAUAGAUCCGAUGGAUCUGCCUUUGUUAGUGAGGUACGCACCUGGCAUUGACACACUGUCGUUCAACAUCAGAUUUCCAGUUUCCGGAGAGUAUGUAUUUGAGGUAUCAGUCACAGAACUCGACAAUGACGACAUCAGAUGCGGCUGUUUUGAUGUCGUCAUAGUAUGCAAUGAAGCUGACCCAAAUUGCCGGAAACUCCCGAUAGACGCGGGAAUAGUAGGGUUUGGGUAUGGGCACACAGCAAAAGAAGCUGGAUUGAAGAACCCAAGCAAGGCAGAUCCAAGUGUUUACGUGAGUCCAGCGACGGACGACGAUCCCACAGUGCUGACCUUUCAGAUCGAAGGUGAUCACAUUGAUGAAAUCGAGUAUGGUUCAGAUAUUAGAGCCGAAGGUGAGAUAAACGCCUCUGCUGAGACGCAUGUCGAUCCCAAAAAAGGAAAACUAACGAUAAUUGCCAGUGUAAAGGCAGACGGAGAAUAUGCAUUAUCUCUUACUGCAAAACCGAAACAGUCCAGCGAUAAACCAGAUACCGUCCUCAUCUACCUGUUGACGACAGACAAACAUGAAGAUGACGUUGAGAAACUCAUGAAGAAAAGAAAACAUGACUUGAUUUUAGAGGGCAAAAUGGAAAAGCGAAUUACAAUGAAAAAUGUAUUGACCAAAAAGAUCAGCGCGAUAGAAAAAGAGCUCCUGGAACUACGUAAAUUUGAAGAAGAGGGCGUGAAUACUACUUUACAUACAACAUUAGGAGACCAUGAUGACGGAAGUGAUUGUUAUAAUCAGUCAAAGAAGGAAGUCACUGUAGAUAGUGCUGCAGUAACAGCCGCUGGUAUAAAUGAUGAUAAUGUUACAGAAAACGUACCAUUUACAAAGGCUGAAAACGUGUCGACAGUAGAAAUUGUGAAAAACUCAAAAACGUGUCAUCUUAUGUGACUGAAAAAAAGCAAGAAAAUUAUUUACUUGUAAACGAAAUAAAUGAGUAUCGAACUAUCAGUACACUG